AUGGCCGCGUCGCUGCUAUUCCCCGUCGCAUCGUCGACGAAAACAGCCGCUCCUCCAACCUACUCGCCACGGAAACCUAUACCUUCCGGUCACCGUUUCUUCUCAUUCCCUUCCAAAACCAAGCCUCUUCUCAAAAUCACCGGCAAUUCAAAUAAACAUCGGUCUUUCACCGCCAAGGCCAUCGAAGAAAGCAAGGAGAGCACGGAAGACACGUUGACCGCCAAGGCAGUGGAUACGGAACCGGAAUCGAGUGAGGAAAGCGAGCUGAGUGCCAUUGGAGCAGAGAUAAAGAAGGCGAUGAAGGAGAGAGAAGCGAAUAAUAGUGAUAACAGUCUCGCCGGCGGAGUGGCGGAGGAGAUAAGGGAAAUCGAGUGGCCUGCAUUUGGUAAAGUUUUGGGGACCACCAGCGUUGUUCUCGGUGUUAUUGCUGGCUCUAGUGUCGUUUUACUCACUGUUAAUGCCGUUUUGGCUGAGCUUUCCGAUCGGGUUUUCGCCGGUAAAGGCGUCCAAGAUUUUUUCAGCUGAAUCUGAUACAUAUUUUAUUGCAAUUGAACCCUUUUAUAAUGUAAUUUCUUAUUUCUGCUAUUUUAUUUGCAAUUGGGUCUAAUUUACUUCAUUACAUAGCUAUAAUGAAAAGCUAAAAUCCCAAUUAAAAUUUUUGAUAAUAAUCAGUCAUGGAAACUUGUUCUGAUUCUUUGUUGAAAAUUAAAA